AUGAUUAAUUACGGUAUAAAAUAGUCCGCUUAAACGAAAAAAAAAAAUAAAAAAUAAAAAGGAGAGAGGGGGACGAAGAGAGGAAGAGGAGAGAAAGAAAGGGAAGGGGGGGCCGUAAUGCGGAAUCCGAUCUUUUAAUCUCAGUUGGCCGCAAUUAAAACAAACUCCGCCGUAUAACUCAAAUAUCCCUUUGCAUAAAAACAUAUGGCCUCGCUAUAAAAAUGAUGGCUGGAAAACACUGACCCAUUAAUAGCCCGCGGACUGAUUUAUACUUUAUUGUUCUGCUCCCCCGCCACGUGACCGGGGCAGCCAAUGGGCGCCCGGGCUGCCCCCAACUUAUUACUGACUCUACUUCUCCGCCAGCACCAAGUUGUUACGUGAAAGCCGCAGCCCCGAAUUGCGGCGGGUCGGGCGCCCGCGCCGCGCCGCGCCAUGUCGGCCCCCGGGACCCUCAGCAACUACUACGUGGACUCCUUCCUGGUGCCGGAGGGGGACGAGCUGGCGGCCCCCCGCUACGCCCCCGCGCCGCUGGGGCCGCCGCCGCGCCCGGCGCUGGCCGAGCACCCCGAGCUGACCCCCUGCAGCUUCCAGCCCAAGGCGCCCGUCUUCGGCCCCCCCUGGAGCCCCGCGCACCCCGCCGGCGCCAGCGGCGUCCCCGCCGUGUACCACCCCUACGCGCACCACCAGGCGCCCGUGGCACCGCCCGACGGCAGGUACAUGCGUUCGUGGCUCGAGCCUGUGCCGGGCUCCUUGUCCUUCCCCGGGUUACCUACCAGCAGGCAUUACGGCAUUAAACCUGAACCGCUGGCGGCCAGAAGGGGUGACUGUACCACGUUUGACACUCACACUUUGUCUCUGUCUGAUUAUGCUUGUGGUUCUCCUCCAGUUGAUAGGGAUAAGCAAAGCCACGAAGGCGCAUUCUCUGAAAACAAUGGAGAAAGUGAGGCAAACGGAGAGAAACCACACAUUGAUCCAAAUAACCCUGCUGCUAACUGGCUCCACGCGAGGUCCACCCGGAAAAAGCGCUGCCCUUACACCAAGCACCAGACGCUGGAACUGGAGAAGGAGUUUCUGUUCAAUAUGUAUCUCACCAGGGACCGCAGGUACGAGGUGGCCAGGCUCCUCAACCUCACCGAGAGACAAGUGAAAAUCUGGUUUCAGAACAGGAGGAUGAAAAUGAAGAAAAUCAACAAAGACCGAGCAAAGGAUGAAUGAUGGAGAUACGCAGGUUAAAUGGAAAAAAAUAAUUAAAAAAAAAAGCAUAAAGUAAAACAAAAACAAACAAAAAAAAAAGCAAACAACAAAAAAAAUAAAAACAACACCAACAAAACCCUCCCCUCGAGCCCUGCCAUGCAAUGCGUCUGGGUCCAGGCCUCAAUUGUUUUUCCAAGGCAAAUUCUGAUUACGAUUGUACCUUGCUUGUCACAGUAGCAUGGAGAGGCCAGUUGCCAGGAGAGGUACAGUAAGACUUUUCAUUUUCUAAUAGGAAAGAAAAAGGGGGCAUUAGCACGAAACGGCUGUUGAGCUAGCUUGUAUAAAUCUACCUGUUUCUUCACUUAAGAAAAAGAGGAGGAAAAAAAAAAAAAAAAAAAAAAAAAGAAGGAAAAAGGAAAAAAAAAUAGAACGACGAGCAAAAACUACCUUUUCAUAAUGCACAACUAUUUACGGACUGUAUAGUUUAGUCGACGUAGUUAAUUUUAUUCGCUCUUUGCGCGGCAGAGAGAUCUCUGCUCUAAUACUUGAACACUGUGUUUUAUUGUGGUAAUUAUGUUUGUGACUCAAUUUAUGUGCUUGGGUGCUGUACCAGAUGUAAUUGUGUAAGCUAGAAUUCAAUUUGAACUCAGGUUGUUUAUUAUAAAAAUGGCAUAGAGUAUAGCUCUGUAGCGUAUUAAGUCUUUUCUGUAUAAUUAGACAGUUAACCUUUGAUUGUAAAAUAUAUAUUAUAUAUAUAUAUAUCCCAAUUUAAACACACACACAAAAGUAGGAAAAAAAAGUUUGUCCGGGAUGUCUGGGAAUGGCGGUUCUCAAAAUACAUGGAAACGAGUCGUUUUAGUAUGCACAGUUGAUAUAUAUAUCGUACUGUCUGUGUCAGUUGUAUAUAUGAUCUAUAUAUGAAAAAGUAACUAAGCAGACUAGCUUAAUAUUGUUUUUGCACCAGUGAGCAGUUAGCAGAUUUCGGAGCUAUACGUAUAUGUGAAAGGGUAACUACCUAUGGUUUACGUUUUAAUUUUAAUCGAAUGAUUUGAUGGUUGUUGUAAUGAAGGUUAAUUUUAUUGAUAAUAAAUUAUACGCUAUAAAAACCUACAUUUGGUUAUUGUAAAUUUGUAUCGCUUAUUAAAAAAAAAAAAAAAUCAUAGUAAUAAUAAAUCCGGGAAGUGAUGUUGAUGCAGAACGUACACUGUCUAUUUUGAAAUAGUUACCUCAUGGCCUACUGACCAAAUCGUUGUGUUGAAAUGAUAUUUAACUUUUU